AUGAAAGGAAAAGUAUCUCCUAGUCCAAAUCCCUCCGUAGUUUUUGUUAAAUCAUCUAAAACAACUUCUAAUGCUACUAAAGAUGCGGACACAGACAAUACAGAAGAUUAUGUGAAAUCUGUUUUAAAUACACCAUCUCCCGAUAAAAAUAAAAAAUCAUCAUCAAAAACAAUAACCAUUUGCACUAUGUGUGGUCGAUAUAAAGGUUAUCAAAUGAAUCGUAAACUAUUUAUUAUAUUAUGUAUUGCUACCAUUUUGCUUGCCAUACUUAUCGGAAUAAUAAUUGUAUUCUAUGCAAUUGUUCCAGCCAUAGUUCGUUCUACAAUUGAAAAAGCUGAAUUAUCAUUUCGUUCAGUAAAUAUUGAAGAUAUUGAAAACGAUCGUUUUCGUCUACGAGCUCAAUUAGAACUAUCACGUACUGGAUCGAUCCCUGCUACAAUACGUCCACCACUUAUUAUCAAUGUUGAUAAUGUUGGAACUGUUAGAAAUGAUCAACCGAUUGUUAUUGAUGGUGAUCCAGAUCGUUCUACUUUAGUUCCAAUUGAUUCUCCAUUUAUUAUUUCUGAUUUACAAGCUUUUCAUAAGUUCUCUCGUUCACUUAUUUUUGAAGAACAUGUUAUAUGGUAUUUAACAUCAAAAGUAUCUGUACAACCUAUUUCAGGUGCUAUGCCUGUUUAUUCGAAUAUUCCAUUUAAUAAACAAGUAAAACUUAAUGCAUUGAAUAGUCUUCAAAAUGUAAGUAUUAGAUCCGUAAGUCUUCUUCGAUCGGAUAAAACACGAAUAGUUGCUGAUAUUAUUAUUGAAAUUCCAAAUCCAUCGAUAUUUAGUAUUGAACUUGGUAAAUUAAAAUUCUCUCUACGUUAUAAUGAUUUAUCUAUUGGUUUUAUGGAAUCAAUUGAUAGUAAUACAACUCUACGUCCAGGUAUAAAUGCAAUAUCAUUUUCUGGUGAAUUACAAUCAAAAUCUUCUGAAUAUGAAAUUGGACUUUCAAAAGUUAUACAAAAUUUUCUUACUGGUAAAACAAGUAAAGUUGAAACAAUAGCUGGUUCAGAUGCAACUUCAUAUUCUUUACUCGCUGUUGGUAUGGAAGGUCUUGCAUUAAGUGUUCAAAUGCCUCCAUUUGCUGAACAACUUAUUCCUACAUUAAUAUUUAAUUCUAUGUCUCUUAUUCCAUCGACAAAUGACAAAACAGUAACACUUUCAGCUUCAAUUACUAUUAAAGUUAAUUCACCACUUGGUAGUCAAUCUCCACUUGAUAUUAAUUCAAUGAAUAUGAAUGUUUAUCUUCUCUAUGAAAAUAAUUCUGUUGGUAUGCUUAAUGUUUCUCAAGUUCCAGUAAAAUUAAUUGAUGAAACUACUAGUACAUAUGAAACAGAAUUUAAUGAUGAAUAUUUAAUACUUAGUAAUACGGGUAAAACUUAUGAAGAAUUUGCUCAAAAUUUUAUUAAAGCUAAUGAUAUUAAUCGAAUUAAUUUUCGUAUUGUUGGUAUUGCUUCUAUUAAUGGUUCAUUUGCUCUUGGUCAAUUGAAUGUUGAUGGAAUUGUUGUGAAUAAUGAUAUAUCAUUAAUUGGUCUUGCAGGUCUUAAUAAUGUUCGUGUUCAUAGUAUUUCUGUUAAUGGAGAAGUUGACAAUGCUCUUCAACUUUCUAUUAAUGUAACUAUCGGUAAUCCUGGUGUAACUGACAUUAAACUAGAAAAUUUUACACUUAGUAUGGCUGAUAGUGACAGCAACACAGUUCUUGGUCGAGUGCCAAUCGAUGUAUUAUCUUUACAACCGGGAAACAAUGAUAUGACACUUAAUGGUUUACUUGCACCAUUAAAUGAAGAUCAUUUGCCUAUAGUUGAAACAAAAUUAAUUCAACGAGUAGAAGUUCUUAGUUUUGGUAUUGAAUUUGAUUCAAUAAAUGUCAAUAAAGUUUAUAUAACUGGUCAAUUAUUGGUUUUAUUUGAGUUACCAUCUAAUGUUCAUAUGACAUUUAAAGCAUUCACAACUAGUAUUAAUUUUGUAAUGCGUUCUGAUAAUGGACCAAAUUUAGGUCAAAUGACUCUUCAUGAUAUACCUGUUGAACAUAAUCAAGUAACAAAUGAACUUUUAAUGAAAUUUAAUAAACAAGAACUUGUUAUUCUUAAUGAACGAGCUUUUCAAGAAUUUGCUGCUAAUCUUGUUCUAACAACGAAUGUAUCAGUAACAAUUGAAGGUUUAGCUGAAGCACUUGCUGAAAUUAUAAUAGGAAAUAUUUCUUUAAGUAAUAUUUCUGUUAGUGAUACACUUCAUCUUGCUGGUUAUGAUCAAUUUGUUAUUAUUGAUCCAUUUUAUCUUGAAAUACAAAAUAAUAGUACUAUACUUAAUGCAGAAGGUACUUUUGGAAUAACUCCACAAAACUUUGCUAUUGCCGAACAAUUUGUUUCACGUAUGGUUUCUGGAGAAGAUAAUGAAGUAGAAUUACAUGGUAUUUUGCCAAAUAAUUCCAUAGGUACUUCUAUUCCUUUACUCUCGAUGGCUAUUUCUGAUUUACGUAUUCGUACAUAUGUUCCUGGUCUCUAUGGUGAAAAAGCACUUGUUCGACAAAUUCUUCUGGAAAAAAUACUUCUAGCAGAUGUUGCUUCUAUUUUAAUUUCCAAAAAACUUCGUUCGCGUAUUCGACUUAAAAAUCCGUUUCAUGCACCUUUGACUAUAACAGGGAUGAAUGUAAGAGUUGAUUUUAGUAGUGUAAUAGAUCCAAGUAAAGAAAUAGGUACUGUUACCUACAAUUCAAAUAUUUUCAUCGGUAGUGUUGAAGAAAUUAUAACACCAGAAAUUGAAGUGAGAACUACAGCUGGAUUGUUCACAUUGAGUUCGGUUUUGGGCUCUCUAAAAAAUGAAACUCUUCGUUUAUCUUUAUCAGGUUCCAUUAGUGUUACUAUUGAUAACCAACUUAAUCUUAGUCAACUUCCAAUCCGAUUACCUAAUAUAUUAGCUAAAGAAGAGGCAUCGAUUCGAAAUCAUUCAUAUUAUGAGUCAACAUAUAAUUGUACUUCAAUAUCAUCAAAUAGUAAUGUUUGUCUUCAAUACACUUAUGUUACAAUAAAACGUGAAGCAAAAUGUUUUCCUGAUGGAAGUAUUGUGAUAACUAAAAAUGGUUUAAUGAAAUCUUUAUCAAAUAUAAAAAUUGGUGAACGUGUACUUGUUAUAAAUAAUAGAAAUAAAUUAAUUUAUGAAUCUAUUGAAGGUUUGGGUGUGGAUAUGAGCAGACCAGCAACAUCAGCAUAUCUUUUUAUGCAUGUAUCAUAA